CCUCAAGUUCUCCCUUUUUUCUCUCUCAUCCUUUCUAUUUGGUGCUUGUCAAGACUCUGACGUUUUGACGAAAACCCCUAGAUCCAGCUUUGGUUUUUCUCCCGUCGAUGUGCCAUGAUUCCUCCGCGUCAUACCGGAUUCGACAGGCCGUCUCGUUCUUUGACGAGAACCUUGACCGACACAGUUGACUCCCAAUACUAAGCUCUGACUGGCCCUGUUUCCAGCCUUGGUGGUCAUCUCACAUGCUCCCAAGUCAUUGGUCAAGUGCUUCAAUGCUUCAAUCUUCAGCUGAUUCGAUAUAAGAAUGGACGAGACCAGCCCUGAGCCAACUGACAGUCUUUCCAUCAUCCCCUACGACAACAACCGUGAUGUUGUUCUACGAAGUGCAGACACGAUCAUCUACCGCGACCCACAUACUAACCAAUUGGUCCCCUUCCGCCAUGACCAAAACCUUGACCGACAUUCAACGGACUGUCCCACCUGUGGCCGUCCCUGGCACUCUCAGAACGAUGGCCCUGCUCAUGAUUUGGCUCCAAAUUCCCCAGACGACCAACCCACCUUCAUCACUCAUGACUAUUUUGAGAUGCUCGCCAGGAGCCUCCCGGGGUCCGCCGAGCCUUCACUGCCACCUUCCCCCAGGCGCCGCUUAGCUCAACCAGUUCGCUCAAGGCUCCGUCCACCCUCGACGAGGACUCAACCUCCUCCCCCGGACGCGGAGUUUGUCACCAGCGAGCCCGCCCCCGUCACCCAUGCUCAAGGGAUUUCUGAAGCUGCCUUUGUGCCCAACUAUUUUGAGAAAUUCUUUGUCGAAGAAAGAGAACUCGGUCGAGGCGGCAGAGGGGUCGUGUUACUCGUCAAACACCUCGUCGAUGGUUUUUUCGCCGGCAGAUUUGCUUGCAAGCGUGUUCCCGUCGGCGACGACCAUGCUUGGCUUGAGAAGGUCUUGAUUGAAGUCCGGCUGUUGACAACCUUGUCACAUCAGAAUCUCGUCUCCUAUCAACAUGUCUGGCUCCAGGAUUACCAGGCCAGUUCUUUUGGCCCCAAGAUCCCAUACGCCUUCAUCCUACAGCAGUAUUGUAAUGGUGGGGACAUGCAAAACUAUGUCCUGGGCUCAGCCCAGGCCACUACCACGACCCAGGACCUGAAAGAACGGAUCCGGCGUCGGUCCAAAGGAGAGUCUGAUUCUCCUCGACAAAAACACGAGCCUAAGAGGCUCCAUUUUGAUGAGAUCUACAGCUUCUUCAAAGAUAUCACUUCUGGAUUACGCUUUCUGCACCAUAAUAAUUACAUCCACCGGGAUCUGAAACCGAGCAACUGCCUCUUACAUACUGUCGGUGGUGAGACUAGAGUCCUCGUCAGUGAUUUUGGAGAGGUUCAAUACGAAUAUGCUACUCGCAAGUCUACUGGUGCUACAGGCACUAUUUCCUACUGUGCUCCUGAGGUUUUACGAAGGAUCACUCCCGGUGGGCCCUACGAAAACUUCACUUCCAAGUCCGACAUCUUUUCUUUGGGCAUGAUCUUGCAUUUUCUCUGCUUUGCAAAUCUGCCCUACCGGGCCUCGAAUGUUCUCCAUGAGGAGAAAGAAGAUGUCGAUGAGCUGAGGUCAGAGAUAUUGUCUUGGGGCGGCUUUGACGAUCAGCGAAAGGUGCGUCCGGAAUUGCCUGGUGCUAUUUAUGCAUUCCUGAAAAGGUUAUUGUCACUGGAGCCGGACAUGCGUCCUAGCGCAGAUGAUGUCCUCCAGGUCGUGACAUCUGGAAGACUUGAUGACCUCCCAACAACAAGACGCAAGAAUUCCAUGGAGCCGGAAGAACUCACCCCUGGAAGACGAAUCCAGAAGCUGGAUAGCCCGAGAAAGGGAAAUUCUCCACAACGAGGAGUAGAUUAUGAAUUAUCUCAGAAGCGGAGAAAAGGUUCCGUGUUGACUGCUGAAACUUCGACCAACGAUCUUUCCCCUGGAUCCACGUUCUCCGGUGGAAGUGAUGGAGAAUCCUCCUCAUCUCCUCUAAGGCAGAGCUCGGCCGGGCAGAGGCAGAACAGCAGAAAUGGAUCCAGUACAGUGAUCAUUCGGCCGCGACAGUCAUCAACAUCGGCUCCCACAUCGCCGAUUAAACGAUCUUCCACGUCCCCAUCCCCGGUCCGUCGGCAACUCCUCCUCGAAUCGGCCCAUUCUUCACCUCAAACACUCAUCUCACGUACGGUGACUCGCGUCAGAUCCUUUGCCGAAGGUCCAAUAACUUCCCCUUCGCUCCGCAUGGCCAUCCUCGGACUUAAAUUGCUCAGUACCCUCCAACCGUGUUUGUACCGUGGAAUCAAUGCCACGACGGCCUACCCUGUUAUCGCCAUUGCGUUGGCAGAAUUCUCCGUCCAGGAUUAUCGGGUUUGGAAAGCAACAUUGGCAUUCUUGAUCCACCUGGGCAUAUUGGGAUUCGCGAUGAGGUAUAACAAGCUCUGUCGCCAUCCUGGGACGACAUGGCAGUGGGAUGGCGACUAGACAAGACAGUCAGAACGAAGAAGCGACUACAAGUCAAGCUAUUUCGCGUGCACUCAUCGAGCAUCACUUAAUGAACGGCUACGGCGGAAGAAAAGUCGUUGUCAUGAUGGAACAAUGAUGCGUCCUGUCAGGACCUCUCGUUCCCGUGUAUAUAAUCGCACCAUUUUGCAGAUGGGUCAAUGGUGAAAAAGGUAUUCCAAUAUAAC